AUGCGCAUUGGUCUACUGCAUCGCGACAAGCAAGUCCUUGAAGAUCAAAAUUCUAUCCUCCUCCGGAUAUUUCCUAGGAUUGUUGGUUCCUACAAUGGCUUGCUCUGUCUCGAAAUCUUUGGAAAAGGUGUAUAUCCUCCUCUCCUUUUACUGUGGAAUCCAGCGACUAGAGAAGCCAGGAAGGUUCUUCCCAAAAUUAUCUUUGAUUUCCAUUGCAAUUACUAUUUAGGAUUUGGGUUCAGUCCAAUUGAUAAUGAUUACAAGAUAGUGAGAGUUUAUCUCUCUAUGUUUGACGUUGUGGUUAAAACACUAGAAAUCUAUUCAUCAAACUUGAGGUCAUGGAAGGUAGUAGAAUUUGAAAACUUGAAAGGCAUACGUAUUAGAUGUCUCGAAAAUGUAACUAUUAAUGGAGUUAUGUUUUGGAUUGGUGGAAAGCUAAAUGAUGAUUAUGAUACAAUACUUUCAUUUGACCUAUCAAAGGAAGUGUGUGCAUUGAUACCAGCACCUCAUUUAAAAUAUAGCAAUAAGAAAAGACUUGUCAUCUAUGAGAACAAGCUUGGUGUGGUUCUUUGUAUUGUUGGGGAGAAUAAAUCUUAUUCAGUUCAUUUGUGGGUGAUGGAGGAGAAUACAUGUUCAUCUGGAGAGAGAUGGAAUUGGACUAAGAUAUAUAGUAGCAGGCCCGGUCCAAGAGUGUCUAAACCAGCUGUUAUUUGGAGGAAUGCAAUUGUAUUUGAUCCUUCCCAUGAGGUUGAAGAUGAUGUUCACACUCAAAACUUUUAUCAGCUCAAUCUCACUACUAACAAGUUUGACAGUUUUGUUAUUAGAUGUGGCCAUAUCGUUAAAGUUUUUGAUUACAUGGAAAGUCUUGUAUCAAUUAGCAAUGUCAAUAUUAUUGAAGAACUUUGA